AUGCCCACCAUCAUACCACAGGCAAGUAAUACCGACCGUCUCGGAACUGUACCCGUCGAGGAGAACAACUACGACUGUGGGUUGUUCACUCUACAGUACAUCGAGGAGAUCGUGACCAAGCAGCACCUCACGGUUGACGCGAAAAAGAAGAGCCUGAGCAUCGAGAACAUGCUUGGGGUGGAGAAGUCGCGCUCCGAGCAGGAAACGGUCGAAAGGAAGCGGGGCCACAUCUGCAAGUUGAUCCGCCUCUUGAGCCACGCGAUCGAGUCAGGUCAACUGCAAGCCCCUUUCAAUUCCGAGGACCUGAUCAAGCUGUACGAGGAGGCAAAGACUUAG